CACCGCCACUGCAACACACACGCAAUGAGCUUUUCCGUCGACGACCUCGUCGCGUCCCUCAAGGGCAACCACAUCGGCCAGGAGGCGCUCGACCUCGCCGCCCUGCAGGCUCAGCUCGCACAGACCCUCUUCACCCCGCAGCGGCACGCGGAGCCCGCCGAGUACGCGCAUCACUGCAACACCCCGACCGCGUCGACGCCCUCGUCGAGCUUCACCUGGUCGCACAUGCCGCACCGGCGCAAGUCGAGCGUCGCCAGUCUGACGACGCAGCGCAGCAUGGACGAGGAUAUCACGGAGAUGGAGGAGGAUGAGAAGAUGGUCGAGGAGCUGCUCUGGCCGUCGUCGCCCUCCACGUCCUCUGCUUCUACCUCGUCCCAGACAUCCUUCCACCAUGCCCAGCCGGCGUCGGCGCACCAUCAGACACCCGCGUCGCCCGCCUUCCCCCAAAGAAAUACGGCGCCUUCGUAUGCGUACACGUACUCUGCCGAGCCAACAUCCAUCUUCGCGACCCAGGACCCGUUCUACGUCGCGCAAAUGCAAGCAGCGCAGAACGCGCACGCGCCCGCGUUCUUCGCGCAGGCCGGGCGCCCCGCGGCGCACUCGCCCUUCGUCAUGGCACAGCCGGUGCCAGUCCACUCCCAGUUCAUGGCCUUCGACCGAUGAUCUCCCCCCAUUCUGUGUAUAACCCCGCCUGCGUUUCGGUGUACAUCCUACAUUCUGCAUUCUACUCUACCAGCCAGAUAUCGCAUAGCGUCCACGAAAACCGUUCGUACCGCCCGUCCAUCUCCCUGCCUACCCGCAAUCAUGGCGCAGUUCACGAUUCACACCACUCGGCGAUUCCCCUCCCGUGCAUCAGAUGACCCCCUCUCGGGCCCUCCAUCAUCUCACCGCGGAUCUCGCCUUCCCCGCCCCCUCCCCCUCGGACCUUGGCUUACCACUACAUCGCUGGGUUAUUUGGCUUGCCCACCCCUUUGCGGACUCGAAUGACGAUACAUAUCCCAUAUCUCUUUCUUCCUCUUCUCUCCUGUCCCAUAAUCCCCUGUGACUUUUGUGCGUACAUAUUAUCUAAUGGCCCUGUCGAUACCUGUAAUGCCCGUCCCCAGUGUAGUGUAUACGUACUUCUGUACUUUAUCGUUGUCUGUGUUCCGUUCCGUUUCGUUCGUCUUCUCAUUCCCAGCUCCGUCCGUCAUACCAUACAUACGUAUCCUUGUCUGCCUUGCGCAAUGUACGGCCUCGGCGAAUCCUUGGAUCAUCCAUCCAUCCAUCCAUCCAUCUCUGAUGCAGUGAUACAUUGAUUGUCCUCGCUGCAGUAAUCCUCAG